AUGCCGACUGGACACCGUGAUCAUCUAAAGAGAAAGACUGCGCCAGAGUCAUGGAUGCUGGACAAGCAGGGAGGGACAUUUGCAUUGAUGCCUGCCAGUGGGCCCCAUAGGAAGACAGAGUGCAUUCCUCUUGGAUAUCUGAUUUCAAGGUUUCUUAAGUAUGCAGGCAAUUCUAAGGAGCUUGGAAUUGUUCUGGGAGGAAAGAAUAUCAAGGUGAAUGGAAAGGUCAGGACAAACUCACACUUUCCUGUCGGGUUAUUUGAUGUGAUAUCCAUUGAGAAGACUGGGGAGCACUUCAGGGUUCUAUAUAACACACACAAGAAGUUCCAUCUUCAUAAGAUAAGCUCUCAAGAAGCUGGAUAUCGCCUGGCAAAGGUUACAAAGAAGUACACAAGCCGUGGAAUCCCAUAUGUUGUUUCUAGUUGUGGUUUGAGUAUUCGCUUCUGUGAUCCAGCUAUUGAACAAGAGUAUACAAUAAAGAUCUCGAAUGAGACAUCCAAAGUGGUGGAGCACAUUGCACCUGGAGUUGAUAAGGUUGUAUUUGUGUCAAGAGGAAAAGCCAGAGGGCGCAUUGGAGUUAUAAAUACAAUUGAUGUCCAAGGGAAAGAGACGGUUUAUGUUAUGACAGACUUUGCAGGAAACACUUUUUCCUGUACAAGCAAGAGCUGCAUAAUAAUCGGAGAGUCUUCCGAGAACAUCUGGAUAACCCUCCCAAAAGAAAAUGGAAUACGGCUUUCCGAGCUUGAAAAGAUCAAUGCUCAACUAGGAGAAAUGGUUGAUACAGGAGCAAUUGAAGUUACUGAAUAA